GUCUUUGACAUCGAUGAAUUCACCAAACCCAGUCUCUCAAAUAAAAAUGAUAAGUUAUGUGUUUGUGAAGCUGAAGGGCCUGUUUUUGGGAAUUUUAACCCUCUUCAGACGUGCUCUCUGCUUCUCUCGCCGGCGAGGACAAUCUCUGGACUCUGGCGAUGAAGUACUUCAGGCUGUUAGUGUCGUAACUAGCCACAGGAGCUCUAGAAAUAAGAAUGAGCCGGAAAGAGAUUGGAACACUUGGGAUGAGUCGCCGAGGACUGUAGAAGAGCACAUUGAAGUAUACAGACAGAAACUAGCCAGAAGGUCUGAUGAGAAGAAUGAUACAAGGGAGCCGGAUAUGGAUUUCUUUGGGGUAAGACUUUCACUAUAUCACGUGUAAAUACGAUACCCAGAC